UUCUAUUAAAUGAAUCAAUGAAUAAUAAAUCAUAUAAAUCUAUUGAUAGUAAAUUGAAUGAAAAAAAUGAUUCAAUCGUUUAUUGUAUACAUGGUUUGGAUUCUGAAUUAUGUUGUGAAGUGACCUGUAUCAAGAAUAAUUCUAGACAAAAAUUCGAACUACCACAUUGUCAUUUUUAUAAUGAAGAAAGAAAUCGUAUCGAUGAACAGGCAAGAUUUCGUUUAAUUAUUGCAUCAAUACUAUGUUUAGUAUUUAUGGUGAUUGAAAUUGGUGGCGGUCUUUGGGCCAAUAGUUUAGCCAUUGCAUCGGAUGCAGCACAUUUAUUAACGGAUUUUGCUAGUUUUAUGAUAUCAUUAUUCUCAAUAUGGAUGGCAAGUAAACCGGCAUCAAAACAUAUGAGUUUUGGUUGGCAUCGUGCCGAAGUUAUCGGUGCAUUAACAUCGAUAUUAAUGAUUUGGGUGGUUACAGGCAUAUUAUGUUAUAUUGCUACCGAACGAAUUAUUGAAAAUGAUUUUGAAAUACAAAGCGAAGUAAUGGUCAUUACGGCUGCUAUCGGUGUUGUCGUUAAUAUCAUAAUGGGCUGCUCAUUAACCUGUGGUGGAUUACCACAUGGUCAUUCACAUGGUGGUAUGGAAAGUGGUCAUGGUCAUGGCCAUAAUGGUGGUGGUCAUAGCAGCUAUUCAACAUCUGAUCAUCAAGGAAGAGGAAAUAUCAAUGUACGAGCGGCAUUCAUUCAUGUAUUGGGUGAUUUUUUCCAAAGUUUAGGUGUAUUGAUCGCAUCAUUAGUGAUUUAUUUUUUUCCCAAUUAUCGUAUCAUUGAUCCGAUUUGUACAUUUUUCUUUUCUAUAAUUGUAUUGAUUACAACAUUGACCAUAAUGAGAGACGUGUUGAACGUAUUGAUGGAAGGCAUACCAAAAGGUAUCGAUAUUAAAGAAGUACAACGUACAUUAUUGAAUAUUGAUGGUGUACGUAAAGUACAUAAUCUACGAAUAUGGUCAUUAAGUUUGGAUAAAGCAGCAUUAUCAACACAUUUAGCCAUCGAAAAAGGAAAAGAAUCGACAAAAAUUUUGAAUGCAACAAUUCGUGAGAUUAAAUCCCGUUAUGAUAUUUAUGAAUUAACCGUGCAGAUUGAAGAAUAUCGUGAUGAAAUGAAAGAUUGUCAACAAUGUCAAACAAUAAUUAGUUAAUUAAUGUUCGAUUCAUUUAUUCAUUGGAAAUUUGGAUUUUGGAUCCAUUGUUGUUGUUUUUUCUCUAUUUACUUGUUUAGUUUACAAUAUUCACUAAUUAACAAAUUCACAAAUUGAGCAUAUAAUCUUUAUAUUCAAAAAUUUUUUUUAAUUGACAAUUUUUAUCUCCUCAAAUUAUAACC